UCAUAACAGUGAACUAGUACUGGUAUACUGCAUUCACUAUUGCAGUUAACUUAUUCGAACCCCAAUAAAUGCAGCAAGAAAUUAAGUGUUUGAUGCCUUGCAGAUUUCUAUUUCAGGAUCCAAUGAGUGACUGUCGAAGUUUUGGCAGCAAUUAUCAUCCAUCCAGCCAAUCUAGAAAGAUAUCAAUAGGAGUCACAGUAGACUCCUUAUCUAAGAGAAAAACUGGAACCACCAAGGAAAAUGAGGGUAAACUGCCAAACACAGAAAGAACCAAACCUAGCACUGGAAUUUCCACUGAGGGAAAAACCAAAGGGGAAGCUGUCAAAACUGCCAAGGGGAGGCAAACUGAAGAUGCUGAGCUGGUUAAAUCUCCAUGGAUUACUCCUAGAUCCUUUCAUAAAAAAUCUCUUGCUUCAGAGACUGUCUUUUUCCCAGAAGAAACUUCUAACUGUAGACAGAGGAAACUUAAUGCAGUGAAGGAUGUGGCAUUAACACAUUCAGUUCAGUUUUUUCCAAACCAAAACUUGAAUCCACAGAAUGUUGGUAGCAACCAGAAUAAGCGUGAUGGUCUCACCUACAAAAGGAAAGGAGGGAAGGAUGGCAACUCACAGACAGUUGAGGAUUUCAAAUUUUCAAAUGCACAUAGAGAAUUUCUUGAGUCAGAUAAAGUGGUGGUAGAGGACAAAGCAGAUAAAAGACAAAACGUUCAAACUGAAGCUUUGAAAAUCAAGCUGCGGGAGUUAUUGGGAACUGCUUCUUCACCAAAAAGUCAGCAAUCUAGCUCACAGUCUCAUGAGUUCAAUGCCAAUAAUUUAAGACCAGAGAUAAUCACUAAUAAUAUGGGAGACACAGUUGCAAAGCCCAGACAAAAUUCAGAUACUAUAGAAACUGAUUCAGACAAUCCUGAUAACACUAUUAAGAGGCCAGUAACCCGUUCCUUGACUCGAAAAAGAACUGCAGCCAAAGUGCAACCAGACAAAACUAAAGUUGGUUUAUCCUCCAAUCAGAAACAUCGAGAAAGCAUCUUCUCUUUUGGAGAAGGAAGGCCUACAAAGCUAGAUGGUUCUGCCAAUAGUGGCUCAUCCUUGUCCGGGAAAAUGAAAAUUCAGAAGAAAAGUUCUAACAUUGAUCCACGUAGGAUCUGUUUUCCUGGAAAGGAUAAUGCAGAUGAGAUUCAACAAACAACUUAUAGGAGUGAAACUUCGGUGCCUGCAGAGAAGACUUCUUUACUUGGCAAUAAGAUUGAAAGCUUUCCUGGCUCCUUCAAUGAGAAAAGUAAAGAAAACUUUGAAAAGGUUCAAGACAAGGACCCUUUGUAUUCUCCAGUGAUCAACAAGACAAACCAGCAGGUUAAUUUUGACAAUCCAACAUCCCCAGAAAGAGGGGAAAAACAAGAAGAUUUAGCUAAUAUAUCUUUGAGGAAUGUUGUGCAUACACAACAUGAUUUCCAAAGUCCAACUUUUGAAUUCAGAACACCUACUUUAAAUACUUCUCCAAGCCCAACACCAAAAACUGUAGAUAUAGAGCAAGGUGAUUGUAGUUUUGUACCAUUAGAGAGAGGAUUUACCAUAGGAAAUAUCAGGAGCUUCAGGACUUUCCAAUGUUCAAGACCAGUUUGUAAUAAAUCCAUUGCACAAUCUCAGUCACCUGAUGAUACAGAGAAGCCUAUCGAUUCAUCACUCAGGAAUCCAAUGCCUAUUGAGGAAAAUGUUGAUGCAGUAAAUGAGCAUUCUGAACCAUCAUCAGAAGAGAGGUGGUCAGAGAGCUUUGAAGAAGGAUCGCCCAUUAUUAAAAGAUAUGACUGUCACAGAGAAAAUAUAACCUCACCAGAGACAGUUAUUGCUGAGAAACCAAAUUUGGUGCAUUGUCCAAUCAAACGACUUCAAAACCAUGAAGAUUUCAGACUUAGUGAAUUCAGUCCCACCUCACCCUCUCAAAAAGUAGGGGUUGGGGAUGGAGAAAGUUUUUGGUUCCAGGAACCCUCAGAACAGGAUCAAGAAGAUGAACUGACAAGGGCUGUUACAUUGUUUGCUUUGGCUUUAGAAACUUUUAAACAGAAAAUGGAUUCAGCAACUAGAAAGAAGUCCUCUGAGAUUUUGAUGUCCAUUUCUGAGGAGAUUAAGUCGUUGCUGCUAAAUGCUGAGUCUCAGAUUGAAUCUGAUAUAGGGAAGCUGACUAGUCUCAGUAAAACAAAAAGGAAACGCCUGGAAACAAGAUUUCAAGAGAAACAAGAACAAUUGAAGCUGAUACUUGAAAAGUUCAUGGAGGAUAUACAUCACCAUCUUUUGGGCUGCAGAAGUACCCUUGACGGGAUGGAAACUCACCAAAUUGAGUUGAAGGGAAUCAUGAAGAAACAAAAAGCAUCACACCAGAAGCUUCUCGUGCAUGUGGAAGAAGCAGUUGAAAUCCAAAUUAAUAAUGCUGAAAGAAGAAUCACAGCUGUCCACGAGUCGGCAAGGGAAAAGAUGCUCCAGCUGAAACAUGUAAUAGCUGAGUGCUUGAAAGACGGUAUAUACUAGCAUGACGGAGGCCUGAAGAUCACAUUGGGCUGAUGUUAUUUCAUGUUUUACGCAAGUCUACAUACACCACAAUCAGCGUGAGAGUUGUCUUUAAUUUUUCUUUCUUUUACAUCGGUAUGAUGUAAAGGAACUGAUUACCCAUUGUGGCCUUUCUUCUUCAUCAGAAUUGAAUAGACAAGAAAAGAAAAGAAAAGAAAAAAUAAAACAGCAUGUCGCCUUUGUUAGGUGGCACACAACUAUGAGAGAGCAGGGGCAGCAUUUUCUGGGGGUUCUCACACAGACACGCCAGUAUUGAAAGGGAAAGACUUUAAAACCUCUCGGGCAUAUUCUACGUGGGAUUGGGUACUACUUCUGACACCAUUUAAUGCUUCGUUGAGUUUGUGACUUUCAAUAUCCUCAUCAUUGUGGUGGCCUGAGUCCCUCCCUUCUCAGCACUGUCGCUGUCUGUUUUCUUCAAGGAUUGGCCACGGUUUUGUUUCGUCGACCCCGGAAGGCAGAAAAAAACUUUUCAACUAAAAGAAUAAUAAAAUUAAAAAAGUACAAAGACAAGAAAACAUAGUGGCACGUGAACCAUAGGUGACCACGUGAAGUACACGCUUUUCUCUUCCAAUCUCUCCCUAUGCGAGGAUUUGAUUCGAUGGUGGUUGACUAACUGAUUAAUUGGGUUACAUGUCACCACUGGGCGGUGGCUCCACUGAGACUGUGGCUAGUCGUGGUCGUGAACCCCAGGCCACGUGAGUGUCUUGGAUGCCUUCGUGGGCUCGAACAAAAAAUUUUGGUCACGUCCUUGUCACGUUUUGAAGCUUCAUUUUCAAUUUCAAGAUAAUGAAGAUAAUGAAAAUGAUCGUCACUGUCCGUUCAUUGGCAUGCUUUUCCUCCUGGCUUAUUUUCAAUUACCCACCAACUUAUGGUAUGGGUUUCAUUCUAAUCAACUAUUAUAGUAAUUAAUACUAAUAAUUAAUGUACUACUGCAUCAUCAGACCCUUUUUUGGUCAUGUAACUUAA